GAUCAGAACCAGAGUCCAAAAUAGAAGUCUCUGAACCAAGAAACGAUUUCGGUAGGCAAAUUGUAGCUGCAAAUGCAGUAGGCGAUAAAACGGGGCACUAAGCACGAAAAUUUUUCUGAGCAGCAAUUUUCUCUCUCCAUCCCUCUUAAAAUGCGGAGCAAGGACAAAAUCGCCUACUUUUACGACGGGGAUGUGGGGAACGUGUACUUCGGGCCGAGUCACCCGAUGAAACCGCACCGGUUAUGUAUGACUCAUCAUUUGGUUCUCUCUUACGAGCUACACAACAAGAUGGAAAUUUAUAGGCCCCAUAAGGCAUACCCAGUGGAGCUAGCACAGUUCCAUUCUGCGGAUUAUGUGGAGUUUCUAAAUCGAAUAACGCCCGACACUCAGGUUUUGUUCUCGAAUGAGAUGGUGAAAUAUAAUCUUGGAGAAGAUUGUCCUGUUUUCGAGAAUCUGUUCGAGUUCUGCCAAAUUUAUGCUGGUGGAACAAUAGAUGCUGCACGCAGAUUGAACAACCGGCUUUGUGACAUUGCAAUAAAUUGGGCGGGUGGAUUGCACCAUGCCAAGAAGUGUGAAGCAUCGGGAUUUUGCUACGUCAAUGACUUAGUUUUGGGCAUUCUGGAGCUUUUGAAGCAUCAUGCCCGUGUUCUGUACAUUGACAUUGAUGUGCAUCAUGGUGAUGGGGUGGAAGAAGCCUUCUAUUUCACUGAUAGGGUGAUGACUGUUAGUUUCCACAAGUAUGGUGAUAUGUUCUUUCCAGGCACAGGUGAUCUCAAGGAUAUAGGAGAAAGAGAAGGCAAAUUUUAUGCCAUAAAUGUCCCACUCAAGGAUGGAAUAGAUGACACCAGUUUCUACCGUCUCUUUAAGUUAGUUAUUACGAAGGUUUUUGAAACAUAUCAACCAGGGGCAAUUGUUCUCCAAUGUGGAGCAGAUUCACUUGCGGGCGACCGUUUGGGCUGCUUCAACCUUUCCAUUGAUGGGCAUGCAGCUUGCGUUAGGUUGGUGAAGAAUUUGAAUUUGCCCCUGCUGGUAACUGGAGGUGGGGGAUACACUAAAGAGGACGUGGCUAGAUGUUGGACUGUAGAGACCGGAAUUCUUUUAGAUGCAGAGCUUCCUGAUGAGAUACCAGAAAAUGAGUACAUCAAAUAUUUUGCUCCUGAUUAUUCAUUGAAAAUUCUGAGUGGGCCCAUGGAGAAUUUCAAUAGCAGAUCGUAUCUUAACUCAAUCAGGCAGCAAGUGCAUGAAAAUCUUCGCUCCAUACAACAUUCCCCUAGUGUACAGUUGCAAGAGGUAAGCAGAACACAGGAAAUAUUCAAGUCCAAACUAGUGCUGUUUCCGUGUAUGCAGGAAGUACCCCCUGAUUUUUACAUUCCCGAUUUUGAUGAAAAUGAGCAGAAUCCUGAUGUACGAAUGAAUCGACGCAAGAAAGACAAGCAAAUCCACAACGAUGCUGAAUAUUACGCAGGCGAUAACGAUAACGAUCGUAUUACGGAUGAUGCAUGAAGUGUAAAGUUGGUGUUGACAAAAUUCUAAUUUUCUGGAUGGCUAGGUCUCAGACUUUAGUGUGAAUAUGCAGAAAAUAGACGUGAUUAUCUUUCAUAUAUGUUUUUGCCUUCUAUAAGAAAUAGAAAAAAAAUACGUUUAUUCUUUUUCCUUGUUUCAAUUCAAUGUUUCGCAGGAUCAUUAUGGUUUAGCUGCAAGGUGAUUACAUACUUCUUGAGUUUGUAAUGUACGAUUUGUACCUUAUAGAAUGUCUUUGGAAGUAGUUUUAAAUUCUCACUAAUUUGCAAUCUA